AUGCAGCUCUCCCUCACCACCCUCCUCCUCGCAGCCCUCGCCUUCACAAGCUCAACCCUCGCCGCGCCUGCGCCUGCCCCCUCCCCCGCCAAAUCAAUGAUGGUCGCAAACACCUCGUGGACCAUCUCCUCCCUCAAGCGCGUCUGCUACCACGGUGAUACAAAAUGCACCUGGACCUUUGGCGUCUCCACAGGUUCCGAAUGGGAAACUACGACUGCAAAUUGCACGUACAUCGUCGAGGGCACCCCCGCCUCGCAGGCUCAUGGCGGACCAGCGCCCUGCGGCAUCUACACGAUUUCCUCGGCCUGGAGUGGCCAGUUUGGCGCGGACGCUGGGUUCACGACACUGUCUGUUGUCAAUGAGAAGACGCGUCAGAUUGUUUGGCCGGCGUAUACGGAUAAGCAGCUUGAGCGGGGUGAGGUUGUUACCCCGGACCAGAGUUAUACGCCUUCUCUUCUGCCUUAG